CUUGUGGAUGCACAGGCAAAAAUCCUGAAAAUGAUGGAUGACAACAAGCAGUUGGCUCAGCGCAUCGAUGGGGCCAUUCAGUCCGCCAGCCAGGAGGUGACCAACCUGCGGUCAGAGCUGAGCGCCACCAGCCGCAGACUGGCCGAACUGGGGGCGAGCGACUCUGCCGGCGUGCUCGAGACCCUGCAGCAAAACCACAACGGUAGGAGAGUCGCUCGAAAUCCCUCUCCCCACCAAAGGCAGAAGCCGUCGGCCACUGACCUCUGCUACAAGACUGAAAUCAGCAGUCUGAUGGACUUCAACUCUCCGGACGCCUCGCUGGACAAAGUCCUGCUGCGCGAGGAGGUGGCCCAGCUCCAGGAGGAGGUGCACCUGCUCCGGCAGAUGAAGGACAUGUUGAGUAAGGACCUAGAAGAGACCCAGGGGGGCUGCUCGGCCGACGUGCUCUCCGCCACCGAGCUGCGUGUGCAGCUGGCCCAGAAGGAGCAGGAGCUGGACCGAGCCAAGGAGGCGCUGCAAGCCAUGAAGUCGGACCGUAAGCGCCUGAAGGUGGAGAAAGCGGACCUGGUGAACCAGAUGCAGCAGCUUUAUGCCACACUGGAGAGCCGGGAGGAGCAGCUCCGCGACUUCAUACGCAACUACGAGCAGCACAGAAAAGAGAGCGAGGAUGCGGUGAAGGCGCUGGCCAAAGAGAAGGACCUGCUGGAGCGAGAGAAGUGGGACCUGCGGCGGCAGACCAAGGAAGCGACGGAGCACACGGGGAUGCUGCGCUCGCAGCUCGACCUGAAGGAGAACCGCAUCAAGGAGCUGGAGGCGGAGCUGGCCAUGAUGAGUAACUGUGUCAAUCAGAGAAUGGAGAUCCAGGUGUUUGAGCGGGACAGGGACUACUCUCCUAGGGUCACGGCGGCCAAACAGUCACUAGCAACCCUGACCAAGGAUGUGCCCAAGCGCCACUCUCUGGCCAUGCCCACGGAAACGGUUGUGAACGGCAACAACCAGGAGUGGGUGAUGCAGGCCGACCUUCCCCUGACCGCUGCCAUCAGACAGAGUCAGCAGACCCUCUACGUCCACACGGGCCACCCCACUGACCGACAAGUGGCUGCCGUGCGAGUGAGCCCGUGCCACUCGCGGCAGCCCUCCGUCAUCUCCGAUGCCUCGGCGUUGGAGGGAGACCGGUCAUCCACACCGAGUGACAUCAACUCGCCACGCCAUCGGACCCACUCCCUCUGCAAUUCCCUAGAAGACCUGGAGGAGGCGAAGCGUAAGAAGAAGAAAGAGAAGAUGGGCCUGGGCUCUCUGUCGCGUGUCUUCGCCCGGGGGAAGCAGCGCAAGUCCCUCGAGCCCGACUCCUCCAAUCCGCCUCUAAUUCGGUCGCACAACACAUCCCUCAGCCGCCGAGAAAGCUGCUCUGCUUGAUGUUCGCUCAAAUGAGACUUCAAAGACGCUGCUAAGCGAGGAAUAAACUUUCUAUGCAGAACAGUUUGUUCCACAUCAACAUGAAGCCAAACAGGAAAUGCAAGAAAAUGUGUUUUCUAUCUGCCAAGAUAGAAGGUACAUGCCGAAGGUACAUGUGUCACAUGCAUGCACAUAGUCCCAGUCCCCAGAUGCAUGCUGAACAAAACCCUGCUAACAGAUUGUCUUUCUCUCGGUAUAUUGUCGAGGAGGGCUUUUAAAAAAAAAAAAAGAGAGAGGUCAGUUACUAAUUUCAUGAUGUUCAUUCAUGGUUCUUUUCCAUUUCAAAUGAAGUUAUUCGAUUUCUUAUUUAGAAAAACGUUCUGAUGGAUGUUAAUGAGCUUAACAUGCCAAACUAAAUACAGAAAAGUUUAAUCUGCACCUAGUCAGCUCUUUGUACAAACUUACAUUUAAAAUGUAUUCAUGGUCAGUUAACGGUCACAAAGAAACCUCGGCACUACACUUUGAAUGCUUCAGUAAUUAUCCCAGUUAUUCAUGAGGCUUUGUGCCAUUCUCUUACUGUAGGAUCUUACAGUAGCUUGGCACUUAAUCGUUUUUUUAAUACUUACAAAUUAUUCUGGGAAAAGUUAGUCCAACAAAAGAAAGCUAUAAUCAUUAUAUAAGUAAGAUAUUGUAGAUAUUAUACUGAUGGUUAAGGCUUUUCCCAACCUCAGGAAUUAGGUCACUUUACCAGAGAAUCUGAACUUGAAUUGAGAGUCCUGAGCGUGGCGCCGGCGUUCAAUAAGAAUAACGAGUGGCAACCCCGGAGCUUAAAUAUCAGAUUCAAGCAGGCUAAUCAAACCUUCUCCCAUGACCCCCAACUUCUGAUGCACAGUUCAAGCCACCAGCUGGAGCGGAAAAAAAGCAAUUAACUUUGUGCCAAAGGUUAAUAGCGUUUCUUUAAGCACAAGAAUGACUUGAGACGUGGGAUUAUUUUCAUCCAUUUAUUGGAUGGAGCCGGAGUCGGCACUGCCACCCCCAGGAAAUCUUUUCUCUCCCUGACUUUAAACUAACACUGGGUAUCCGUCGGACUCGUCUGAAACACUUUAGAGUCACAGAUCACAGCGUUGUUCACCCACAGUGCGGUCAGAGAUUAGCAUUUAGCUCAACCUGCUUGGGCGCUCACAUGUAUUGGAUUUAGAGGUGAAUCCCGGAGGUAACACACAGAUAAGUCACAUGUAUUUAAUUGUAUAUAUAAGAACAACAGCUCAACCACUUUAUUUCAUUAUUCAUUUAAUGAGAUGUAUGGAAGUCUAGGGUAUUUUUUCAUUUAAUCAACCUCUGCUGAGGGGGGAACACAUAUCAAAUGAAAAACAUUGUAUAAUGUUUAUGUUUUGAGCCGCGGCCUCUUUGUCUUUUUGUUUGUUUGUUUUUUUCCACAAAUAUUUUACUUUUUGUAAAUUACAGAAAUCAAAUUAAUAUUAUUAUGAAAAGAGUUUUUAUUUAAAGUUAAAGUUGUAGGCUUAAUUGGAGGACUUCUAUUGUGAAGUCCUGAGAUGUUUAGAAGUGGAUAUAGUAGCAAACUUUUAAAGGCAUGGCAACAAAUUUACGCUCAAAAGAACUAAGAAUAAGAUUAUUUUAAAAUAAAAUAAAUAACGUUGAACUUC